AUGUCUUCAUCAUGCGACAAUUUGCGUUUCGUCGAUCCCGCUCACAGGAGCCACUUCCUGAGUAACAGCGUCACUAAUCAUCGAAGCAGUAUCCCGGUCUUCCUCGGUUCCGAAAUGAUGCGAACAUCAUCCUCCAAGGCUGCCAACACCCUUGCCGGGGCCUUGCGCCCCUGCAGCGAAAUAUGCAUCCGAUCAUACACCAAGAAACAUGUUCCACUCCAGUAA